GCUGUCACCCGUGCGCGGGGCGGGGCGGGCGGCGCCACCCAGCUGGGUGAGGGGCCCGGGUGCGGGGCUGCGGGCGAGAGGCUGAAGUGCCGUCAUGUCCUCGGGGGUGGCCGCGCGCCGCGACGCCAAGAAGCUGGUGCGCUCCCCCAGCGGGCUGCGCAUGGUGCCCGAGCACCGCGCCUUCGGGAGCCCGUUUGGCCUGGAGGAACCGCAGUGGGUCCCGGACAAGGAGUGUCCCAGAUGUAUGCAGUGUGACGCCAAAUUCGACUUUAUCACCAGAAAGCACCACUGUCGCCGCUGCGGGAAGUGCUUCUGCGACAGGUGCUGCGGCCAGAAGGUGUCGCUGCAGCGCAUGUGCUUCGUGGACCCCGUGCGGCAGUGCGCCGAGUGCGCCCUCGUGUCCCACAAGGAGGCCGAGUUCUACGACAAGCAGCUCAAAGUGCUCCUGAGCGGAGCCACCUUCCUCGUAAGUUUUGGAAACUCAGAGAAAUCUGAAACCGUGGUUUGUCGUCUUUCCAACAACCAGAGAUACUUGUUUCUGGAUGGAGACGGCCACCGUGAGAUCGAAAUCGCGCACAUCGCGACCGUGCAGAUCCUCACGGACGGCUUCCCUGCAGGAGAAAAAGACAUUCACGCUUACACCGGCCUCCGGCGGAGCCAGCCUGCCUCUGAAGGAGGCAGCACGCGGGCCACGGGCAUGUUCCUGCAGUAUACGGUGCCGGGCGCAGAGGGUGUGGCCCAGCUGAAGCUGACGGCUGGGGACGAUGCACACGGCAGGAGGCACGCGGCCGCGUGGCUGGCGGCCAUGCACAAGGCUGCCAAGCUCCUCUAUGAAUCUCGGGACCAGUGACUUCACGUGGGAGCUGAGCUCGGGGUACGUCUGGGCGCUGGGACCGAGUCACUUGGAACAGCAGAACCUGCUCCCUGCGCACCACGGGGCUUCCUCUCGCUUGCGCUGGGAAAUGCGAUUCACGGGUUUGGAGAGACGGCGCGUUCACUUACCUAGUGCAACGUGUACAGUUUAUUAACGCUUUCAGCAGCUUCACGUUUUAGAAUUUGUCUAUUAUCUUGAUGAUUAGGAGUGGGAGAGACUGAGCUACACUACUACCAAACUAUUUUUAGCAUAAUCUAUGCCAUGUUUUUGAGUUCCCAGGCUUGCUAGAAGGUUCUGGCCCAUCAAUGUUCAUUAAUUAAUUCCUCCCCAGAACCGGCGUGGGUAGUGCUGACUCGGGCCCCUGAUCUGCAGGGAGCCGCCAUCCGCAGCAGCCUGUUGACAGCACUUGCCUUAGCUCGGUUUACGGACGUCUGUCCACCUCGUCACUAAUUUUGGGCUACGAACAUCCUUUGCUAUUCCACUGCGGGGAGGGCGCUGGCUGUUUUUGUACUUUUCACUGUUUCACUUUAUUGGAAUGCCCGUACCGCAGUUUGUACAUGA